AUGUUUUCCUGUGGAUUAAAUCGAAAAAUAGUGUAUUCUAAAUUUUUUGGUAUAUUCACAUCAGCGGAUAAUAAUGGUAAUAGAAAUUGAAGAUAUAUAGAUUGGUACUAGAUAUCAUGGAGCUCAAACACUUAUGGAGUUGAUAAUACUUGUAGUCCAUCAUAAAGUAUAAUUUAUUUAGAUAAUUCCCCCUAUUUAAAAAAUUGUGUGAUUUAUAAGACCUUUAUACUUGAACCUCAUUAUAAGGUUUACUUGUAAUUUUAAUUUUGGAGGUAUAGAAUUACAUUUAAUUUUGAAUAGAAUCGAUUUGUGGAAUAAUAACCUAUUUACAACAUAUGCUGAUCUAAAGAUUAAAUAUUAACAAAGUUUCUCUAACUUGGAUACAAUAACAAAUUUUUGUUAUGAUAGUGAAAAUGAUGAAGUUAAAAAUAUAAUUUUAUCUUUUUCACAUAACACUCCUACUUUAAUGAUAAUAUUUAAAGGAGAUGGAAGUCGAUGGGGGAUAUCAAAUAUCUAAUUAGAAAUAGAUGAAUGUUCUAUUGGCUGUGAUUCAUGUAGUUAAAGUUAAUGCUUUGAUUAAAAACUGGUUCCAAUUUUAAUAGAUUGGACUACUAUAGAAAUCCCACCUCUAUUUUAAAGUUGUGGAGGUAUAUAAUAUUAAUUUUUAGGAUAUCAAUUCCAAUUUACUUAUGGGAAUUUUAUGUAAAUAGAAAUUGACUUAGAUCCACACAAUAUUAUUAAUUUAACUAUUAAAUUCUAAAUUGGGAAUGCAGAUAAUCCAACUUUAACGGUAAAAAUCGAUAAUCAAUUAGUAACGACUACAUAAUAAUUUUCAGAUAGAGUAAGUGAUGCACUAUUUUUCUGUCAUUAAAAUUAAAUUUUAGAAAUGAAUAUUGUUGAUUAUGAUCAUACAAAUCCUACUAUAAAAUUUCGUAUUGAUGCUAUAAUGAUAUAGUAUGAUCCAAUGUCUGGCAUGCCUUACUUUGGAAUAUCAGACUUUUAGUUAUUCGUUAAAACUAAAAUAAAAUAAAAAGAUUCAGAUUUAGGAAUGCCUUUUGAAGGAUGUUUAUUGAGUAAACCUGAAUUGGUUGAAGGUUGUACUUUUUGUGUUAGAAAUAUAUGUUUAUUUUGUGAUGAAGGUUGGAUAUAUAUAGAAUAAGACUAGAAAUGUUCACCUAUUUGUGGUGAUUUAAAAUUAGUUUAAAAUGAAGAAUGUGAUGAUUCAAACUUAAAUCCUUAUGAUGGUUGUCAUAAUUGUAAAUAUUCUUGUCCACAAUUUUGUUUGUAAUGUUUAAAAGGAAAAUGUAGAGAAUGUUAAUUUCCAAGGAUAUUAAUUAAUGGAUUAUGCCAUUUAGAAUGUGAUUAAGUAUUAACUAAUUCUGUCUAAUAAAAGUACUUAGGAUGUGGCUUUGAAUAUCUGUAAAUAAAUGGUUAUUACUAACAUACAUUAUUAAAUAACAAGGAUAAUUAAUAAUUCUUACUUUAUGAAUUUUUAGAUUGCAACCCUCAAAGUUAUGGAAUAAUGGGAUAUUAUUAUAAUUAAUGUAAUAUUCAAUAUAUUGAAUAAUGCAAAAAAUAGUAAUGGAACAUCUGUCUUGAAUGUGAGGAUCAUUAUUAAUUAUCUUUUAAUAAAUAAUAUUGUGUAUCAAAAUGUAAUGAUGAAUAUAUAGAAGACUUUGAGGUCUGUGAUGAUAAUAACAAUAUUUAAUUUGAUAGUUGUUAUAAAUGUUAACCAAGUUGUCAAUUAGAAUGUUUAAAUUGUGUAUAUGGAAAAUGCUUAUAUUGUAGAGAAGGAUGGUAUCUAAUUGAUUAAUAAUGUUAAUCAAUUUGUGGAGAUGGAAUUGUAGUACCAUUUGAAUAAUGUGAUGAUGGAAAUUUAGACAUUGGAGAUGGAUGCUUUUAAUGUCAAACUGAAUGUUUUUAUUGUGAAAUAUGCAAUUAUAAAAAUUAAUGUUAAAUUUGUUAGGAACAUUUCCAUUUAGUUUAAGAUAUCUGUUUACCUAUUUGUGGAGAUAAUUAUGUAGAACUUGGUUUAGAAGAAUGUGAUGAUGGUAAUGAAGUUUAGUAUGAUGGUUGUUUUAAUUGUUAAUUAGAAUGCACUUUUGGUUGUCAAAUAUGCAAUGCUGGGUAAUGUUUAGAUGUAUGUUAAAUUGGGGAAUAAAAUAUUAAUGGCCAAUGUAUUAAAGUAAAUAGUAAUGA